UCAGACCCCUUUUAAAUCUCAAUCGUUCUUCUGUAUGUUAUUGCGAAUCCUCCCUCUUCAUUGCUGCUGUUGGUUCUCUCUCCCACUUCGCCACUGCAACCCACCGCUCAUCUCCCUCCCUAUCCCCUCUCUCUCUCUCUCUCGCUCUCUCUCGCUCUCUCUCGCUCAAUUAUUUGGGUUGUUAUCAAAGGAGUUUUCGAUAUUGCAACCUGAGAAAUUGGUUGAAGACAAAAGCUUGAAGAAGGCAUUACGAUUCUAAAUUAUUAUUCAAUUCUUAAGUUCCUCUCACUUUUAUUGGAUUGAAUAAAUGAUGAAAAUGUGCCUCACAAAUAGAUAAGGAGUGCUGGCAAGCUUUGCUCAAUUGCAAUGUCUCCCCUUCCAACCACUGCAAGAGGGGAUUGGAAGGGUGCUGAAAGCAGGGAAUGGAGGAGGCUGCAUGUGGGGAUAUGAAAUCAGUGGGGAUCACGCAGUAGCCGGUGUUGGAAGGGGGAGUAAAGGAGCAGCAACAGGGGUCAGUAGCAACAACGGCCUGAGGCGAUGGUUGGGGUGCUUGCUCGGAGUCUGCCUUUCCAGAACAAAGGAGAGAGAAGGGGAGAUUCCAUUCCACUAGGAGGGAGAAGUUGUAGCGCCAAUGGAGACAGAUGUGUUGCAACAGCACCAGGAUUGAAUGGCUUACAUGGAAAGAAAGGGAUCCAACGCUGAAUAAGGUGCUUGCAUGGAAUAGCGUGGGAGAUUCCAUUCUACUCUAGCCGUGGUCACAUCCAUAUAAGCUCAGGUACAAGGGAGAUGGCAACUAUACUCGAUACUGCCCUUCUCCAAGCUCAAUUUCAUACUGGCCAGUCUUCUGCUGUAUUGGAUCUGCUGAAAGGUCUUAACUAUUGUGAUAUUAAAAUUUGCGAAGAAUUUCUACAGGAGAGGAAUUAUUACAGUGCAUUGUUAGAACUGUACAAGUGCAAUGAGAUGCACCGAGAAGCUCUCAAGCUUCUUAAUCAACUCGUUGAGGAAUCAAAUUCGGGUCAAGUGCAUUCUGAAUCUGCUGAAAGGUGUAGACCUGAAAUGAUAAUUGAGUACCUAAAGCCUCUUUGCUCAAUUGAUCCCAUGUUUGUUUUGGAGUACUCAAUGCAUGUUCUUGAAAGUUGUCCGACCCAGACAAUUGAGCUCUUCUUGAAUGGAAACAUCCCAGCAGAUUUAGUCAACUCUUACUUGAAGCAGAAUGCACCAAAGAUGCAAGCGACAUAUUUAGAACUUAUGCUCUCAAUGAAUGAAAGUGCUGUAUCUGCAAAUUUGCAAAAUGAACUGGUUCUUAUCUAUCUUUCAGAAGUAGUUGACUGGUAUAUGGAUCUAAUAGCUCAGCAGAGUUGGGAUGAGAAAGCUUAUUCCCCAACAAGGAAAAAGUUAUUAUCUGCAUUGGAGGGCAUGUCUGGAUAUAAUCCUGAGGCUCUGUUAAAACGCCUUCCAGCAGAUGCUUUAUAUGAGGAGCAAGCAAUUUUGUUCGGGAAGAUGAGCCAACAUCAGCUUGCUUUGUCUCUCUAUAUUCAUAAGCUUCAUGUUCCCGAACUAGCAAUUUCAUACUGUGACAGAGUAUAUGAGGUUGGGCAGCAUCAUCCUUCUUCAAAAUCAUAUGGUAAUAUCUACCAGACUCUUCUGCAAAUAUAUCUUAACUCUUCAAGAGUGACAAAGGAAUUUGUGAGCCAAAUCAAGAAUCAUGCAUCUCCUCAGCAAACUGGCAGCGAGAAACUUGGGGCUGCCAAAGCUAAAGUUGGCCGUGUAUCUUAAAAAAUUGCUGAAAUAGAAGGAGCGGAUGACUUGCGAUUCAGCCUCAGUAGCACUGAUAGUGGUCGGAGUGAUGUUGAUGGAGAUGAAGCUAGUCAGGAAGGAGGUCCGAUUAUGCUUGAUGAAGCACUUGAUCUGUUGAACAGAAGAUGCGACAGGAUCAAUGGAGCUCAGGCCCUCAAAAUCUUGCCGAAAGAGACUAAGUUGCAGGUAUUGGGUAUUGUUAAAAAUUUAAGAGUUCUUCCACUCAAUGAUCUUUAUUAGUAAUUUCAUCAUACAAAUUGUUUUUCCAUCAGAUUACUAACCUCAGAAAAGGAAUCCAGAGCUCUCAAUUGACACAUCGGGUAAAAUCUAUUUACAGAAUCAUUGUUUUUUAUAUGUAAAAUAUGAAGGGAGAAUUACGAAGAUAGAUCUGAUUCCAGCAAGAAAUGGUAAUCAAGAAGCUAAGACAAAAGAACAGUAUCUUAAC